CCAUGUUUUCUCUGACUGAGCUCUGUCUCUCAAACUCUCACCGAAACUGCAACGCAUGAUCGAUCACCGUCUCAAUGUCAACCGGACUCGAUCAAUUUUUGACGGAAAAAAGGCGGUUGUGUUGAUGGCAACGCAUGCAUAUGAUUUUUUGUAAGUGUUGAUUUAAUUGGAUUGGAUUGGAUGGAUUGGAUUAGCUCUGAAUUGGAUUCGAUUUUUCUCGAAGCUUUUGCGGAAAAGCAGUGUGGAACAAAAGGAGAAAAGGAAGGAAGAUGGUGAUGAUUCUGUGGGUGCACUUCUGGUGAUUUGAAUUGCUUGUUCUGCAAGUCUUCUGUGAGGAUUUUGGCAAUCGCCUUUCGGUGAAUUAUCCCCUCGCUAUUAAUUUGAUUUCAUUUGAUUUUAGUCCUCCAGGAGAAACAAGGAAUUACAAUCUUGAUAUUCUUUCGAGGGUAAUUUGAAUGUCUGGAGAAGGUUUUGAUUCGCCGGUAACUCCAGAAAAACUUAAAUUGGAGAGAAGGAACAUAAAUAACAUUGCUGCUGAGAAAUCAGUUCCUCCGAGCCAUGGAAGCAGCAGCAGUGCUCGUGCCUUUCACCACAAAACCUCGAAUGGCUCUUCCGGCGCAAUGAGAUAUUCUUCUGCUGGAAAGUCUGAUUCCUUCAGUAGCAACCAAAAUGUGAUGUCCCGUUACCUCAGAGCUUCAACCGGAUCUUGCCAUGAUUUCUGCAAACAUGGAACUAGACAUGAAUCGGAGGAUCCGGUUAGGACACCAUGGCGAAGGAGAUGUGCAAUGACAACAACAUUGCUUGUUGAGCAGAGUUCAUUGCAGACGAUGGACUCUGAUGGGGACAAGAAUUUAAAGGCAUUUAGUCGUAAGACAGCCUCGAAUGCUAGAGCUCGAUCACCGUAUCUGAAAACCUCUUCCGAAACAAAAUCUCCUUCGCCAAAAUCAACGAUGUCUUUGGAUAGGGGACAGGUUGUUAAGCACAAGGCUUCAACCAGAUCUGCAAGUGAUCUUCGAAAACCCAGAGCAUCCUCGGAAGAGAACACUUCAUCUUCGAGGCCAAAUCAGACGAAUUCCCCGAAAAACAAGCCGUCAUCUACUAAGGAAGGCUCUUCACAAGAUCCCCAUGAAAUGAUCAAAAGUGUGUCGUAUCCAUCUGAGGCGAAUGCGAGUCAAGGAUUGGGGAAGAAAACAAGCCGGCAUUCUUCUCUGAAAUCAAGUCAUCCGAAACCAUCAUUUGCUUCGAAAAAGUCGGAUAUCAUUCGCGGGAAAGAGAGCAAACACGGCGACGCUGAAACAGGUCGAAAUAAGGAUGAACGGAAAGCAUCUGGAACAAAAAUAUUGGUAUCUUUGGGUAGUUCUUCAUCCCCUAAUCUUUCUGUUGAUAAUACUGCAAGCAGUAGAUCAAGGAAAGCUGGAAACUUGAAAUCGGCAUCUUCUCCAAAUGUCUGUAAUAUCGUUGGCGGGGAUCACAGUAACACUCCUGAUGGCGAGAAGGCGUCAGAAAAUAAUAUCUUCGAUGAUUCAAUGCCAGAUGAUCUUUACACUGAAUCACGGUCUCAUGCCGAGUCCCCAUCUUUGCUAUCGCCCGAAGAAGAUAAAAAGGAGAUUGAAUAUCAUGAUGGCGAAGAAGAAAACAAAGAGAUCUUCGAGAAGGACGAGUCUCUAGUGAUUUCCACCGCGCAGGCUGUCCCCAUAGACAAUGCUGUUUCGACAUGUUCGUCUCCAUUGUCAACCGAAUCACAGUCUCGGCCAGAGUCGUCAUCUUCAUCUUUAUCGCCUUGCGAAGAAAACAAAGAGGUUAAGCAUAUCGAUGAUGAAGCAGGCGAAUCCAUCAUCAACAAUGGCGAGUCACUAGAGAUUGAAAAAAUACAGCCGGUCCUGGAUCUGCCUACUGUUUCAUCGUCGCCGGAAUCGUCAUCUCAUGCAGAAUCAUCGUCUCCGUCCCCACACGAAGAAGAAAUCAAAGAGAUCGAUUACCUCGAAGACGAACUACAUGAAUACAUCUCCGAAAAUGACGACUCCCCAUCCUCACCUUCAUCUUUGUCGUCUCACGACGACGACGAAGAUAACGACGAGAUUGAGUAUGGCAACGGUAACAACGAAGCUGCAACCAAAGAAGAUGAUCUCAAGAAGACAUUCAGAAAGAGCGGCGGCGCUGCGAUUUCCGACGACAAUCAUCGAUCUCCUCCGGUGAAGUUAAAGUUCAAACCGGGGAGGAUCGUAGACGUCCAGUCGGAUAACAACGUUCCCCGGAGACUCAAAUUCAGGAGGGCGAAAGACAUCGGAGCGGAGCAUCGAAAGGACAGGGCUAGAACGACGAGAAAGAGCGGAGGUUCCGGCGGCGACGUCACUGCUGCGGGAGAUGAAUCGUCGCAGAAGGUCGUGUUGAAACACCAAGACGUAAACGACAAGAAAGAAUCGCCGGUGUUGCUGCUGAACAAUGUGAUCGAGGAGACGGCGAGCAAGCUCGUCGAAAGCCGGAAGAGUAAGGUUAAAGCACUGGUAGGAGCUUUCGAAACGGUCAUCUCCCUCCAUGAGACCAAACCUUCAUCGUAAGCUAAGUAAGCUGAGUUAUAUAACAAUAAUGGAAAUUGCAGAGACAGAGAGAGAGGUGAAGGUUGUUCUAUCAUGUAUGUUAUGUGAUAAGAAGGAAGUUGCAAAAGCUCGUGUUGAUCUUGCAUGGUUUAA